CUAGUGUCAGCAAGUCCUAUGUAUUGCCAUGCCACGUAUGGUCGUCGUACUCUCUUGUCGUCUUGACCUUAUAUAGACUCGACUUUAAUAAUCCCACAUUUUCAGAGUUUCGCCUAUAGGCAUGGCAUUCGGAUUGUAUACGUUACUAGAGGCAGCGUUGCUGUGCAUUAAUGCUAUUGCCAUACUCAAUGAAGAGAGAUUUCUAAGCAAAGUUGGAUGGGGAGGAGACCAGAGUGUUGGAGGUUUUGGAGAAGAUCCUGGAAUGAAAGCACAGAUCAUCAAUCUCAUCAGAUCAAUACGUCUAGUCAUGAGAGUCCCAUUGAUCUUCCUAAAUGCAGCCACUAUAGUGAUAAAGCUACUCCUCGGAUAGCAUGAUCUCCAGUUCAGUUGUAGCAAAGAGACACGGACAUAAACUCAUGCAAUAAGGAACAAAAGUCUAUUCUCAAGAGCUUGGGAAAGAGAUCGAUCCAUGCUGUAAGCCUAGCAUCAGUCCAGUCAUUCUUCAAUUAUAUUGAUGAAACCAACAUCAAACUGACCAAGAAUGGAAUGGACAUGAGGAGCUCUGAAUGGCUAAUAAGUUGGUCAGUCGGAGUCACCAAGAUAUUGGUAUGGAACUGAGGAUAUCAAUGCCUGCACAGCAGGGUAUAGAAUCGGUUCUUUUUCUAGAUACGAUGUGGGAUCAGAUCUGCUUUGAACAAGGGAACAUUUCAUGAAAGAAAUAAUGAUUUUCAGUGAUAAGUGUUGUUAUAAGCUACUGCAAUCCUUGCAUCUGAUUGGUUCAGUACAAAUUAGUCAGUGAAAAUCUUCGGCCAAUUGCUUCAUGAUACUUUCCUCUAGUCUAUGGGUAGUGAGAUGAUUUUCUACUGUAAGGGAGGACAGUACUGGAGGUGCUUACAACCACUAGGUUGCAUCAUGGUUUGAACUAGAUCAAGUCAUCAGUAGAAAAGGCCUUGGUGCUAAGCUGCUACAAACCUUGAACUCCAUUGCAAUCAAUUCAUCUUUGGUAUAGAGAAUGGGUGUAGCAGUUUCACACCAAGGUCUGUUCUACCGAUGUGUGAAACUGCUACACACCUUGAACUCCAUCCAUGGACUAGAGUUCGUAGUAUCCACAAUUAAUGCAUCUUUGGUAUGGAGAAUGGGUGGAGGAUUGCCUUGUGCCUCUGGUUUGCAACCUAACAAUAUUCAGGGGGUUUUCAUCAAGCAGUUUUUAAGUCAUGCACAACUUUAUGUUCUGUUGAAAUAUGGUCAGCUGCAUAUCUAAAUCAUAUUUAAUUUAACUAGCUCAGGAGGAAUAAUAGGCAUACCUUCUCUAAAUGUUACCAAAAUCAAAUUGAGCUUGCAUUUAUCAGCUGGUAAUAUUCCAGUAUAUAGGUCAUGUGUAUUACGUAUGAACAGCUUUAUGAAAACCUUCCUGUGUAAAUAGGUCAGAGGUAGGUACUGCAAAGAAUUAUUCUGGACUAUAAGUUGCCCUUCUACUACUAAUUUGCUAUAAUUUUUGUUUCUUGCAAAAACUAACAUUAUAGGAAGACGUCAAAGCGUUAAAUUUGUUGAUCUGUCUUGAGGUACAUAUAUGUACUUUUAGGAGUUGUCACAUUCACUUUCCAUGGAAUACCCCCCCCAACCGAUGAAGACUCGACGUUUUACAAAGAUUAAAAUGUGACUAAAGUUACACUUUAAUUCCCAGUUGCACGUGGUACUCACAGCUUCGAUCAGAUCAGUCAUAGCGGGCUCCUGCUACUGUAUCCAUUGAUGGUCAGAACAUUAGAAUGGAAUUGCAAACAUUGGCCUGUUUCUUGCACCUAUUGGUUGCAGAACCUUGGCAUUUCUGGGGAGUGUUUCAUGAAAAGACUUGUCAGAGGUUAUAUCCGACAAGUCCCAUUUUAUCCGACAGUUACCAUAGGAACAGUGCCUAUCAGCCAAUCAACAUAAGGGAAAGAUGUCAGAUCUGACAACUUUUUGGUUGAAAAUGAUGAAAUGCUCACCUGAUUGAGACCCUUGACCAUAUUCUGAACUCCAGUUUAACUUUAAUAAGCCAUAAACCAUACUAAAAAUAUCUCACCAAAAUAUCCCAACCUUAUUUACAUUGUAUGUUUCUAUUUGAGGAUUUAGACAUACCUAAAGUUAAACCUGAAUUCAGAAAACAAGGCUCCAAGAUGAAUAAAAAUCUUGCCUAUUUGAUAUCCGUUGACUUCUAUACAAGGUUGUAUACAUGUGUAUAAUUGUAGAUAUACCACAGAAUAUGUACACCUGUAUGUUUCUUUAAAGCAGACUAAUGUACAUACAUGUAUAAAUCAAUGUUUGUUAGAAUUGUAAGUAUGUUAUUGGAUCAUACUUUAUGGUACUAUUUUUCAUAGGUCUUACAAUUGCAUAAAAUUUGCGUUGGGACAAAAUCCUGAAAAAUCAAACACAAGUCUAUUUUCUCACAUUUUCAGCCAAUUAAAUGUGCACAAUUAGGACAUGCAUUUAAAUUUUAGGAUUUUUUUUGACAAAUCAAGUUUUCAUGAUUCAUGCAAUAGCUUGCAGUACAUGGUUGUUUGAUCAUAUCAAUAUUUCUUUGAUAAAGUAUCUUAAACCUAAAUCUUGAAUAUUUUUAUUGCUAUCAUAGUUUCUGUACAGACAUGUCAUUGAUAUAUUAUGUUAUUCGAUGUAUUAUCAUUUCAGCAUAUUAGAGUAAAAUUGAAGUUAAAGUAAAAUGAAAGAUACAU